AUGGCUAGAGCAAGCGUGUCUUGGGACGCUUUGGGGCCCUUCCUUGCGUGGCAGUUUUUAAUACCUCUGGCUGCCGGCUGGGCACAAAGCAUCCUAUACAGCAUCUUUAUUCGCGCAGGCGAUCCCAAACCACAGCCUGGCUCAGUCCGCUUUGUCAAGCACCGCCGCCAGAUACUCAUCGCGGUAUACCUCGCAUACUUCGCAUUUACGAUAUAUGAAGUCGACUUCAACCUCCAGCGCUCGAGCAACGCUUACAACGACCUUGGCGUACCGAUUAAUGUCGACGAGAGUGACCUGAAUUCACGGUUUAGGAAGCUCACUAUACGGUUUCAUCCUGACAAGAUCGCGCCUGGUAUCGAUAGGGAGGCGGCAAACGACUACUACAUCCACCUGAAGCACGCACGCGAUAUAAUUCUCGACCCCGCCAAACGCUUCGCAUAUGAUCGCUUUGGACCGGAUAUCCUCAAUCAGUGCAAGUCAUGUAUCACUAUCAAGGAUUACGUUGAUAACACACUGCUGAGUGCCCUGACGAACUACGGCAUUUUGCUCGUCUUCCUCAUCGGCGCAAACGCGUUGGGCUUCCUCAAGGAUGGCUCGUACUGGCGAUAUCUCGGACUUUUGGCGGUCGCGACCUUCGAGCUACGCACCGCCAUGCGACCAGACCAUCCCUCGAUCCUGACCAAGUACUUGAAUCCAUUCGUAACAGCCCUCAAUUUGCGGCCUGCAUACCUACCUUUCCAGAUCAUCGCCAUCGCAAAGAAGGCUUCUAUAUCUGCCGCGCAGUUCCUAGCUCUCUUAAUGCCACUCUAUCGCCCCGAUCCCGAUCGCCCCACACAGCCUACGAACGACACCGAGAACACACAGCACCAGCAGAUCGAUCGCCUCAAUGCGUUCGUAGCUGAGUGCAACAAAGACGCCUCGCGUCUACUGGAGCUCGAGUCGACACCAUUCAGGGAUGAUGAAAGAGCGAAGGGCGAGCUCAGGGAAGCUUUGAAGAAAUACAUGGUGCAGAACGUUGUGCACCAGGAGAAGGAUGUGAGGAAUGCCAUUGGCCAAAGUAUGGCCAAGAGGAGACCCGGCGUGCCUCACGGUGCUCAGGGCACUAAAUAG